AUGCGGGAAGUCCCUAGUCAGUUUGUGAACAGUCUAGCGCCGCCAACUCUACCUCCUCCCGCUAUAUCCCAUUCCACGUCGGGGUCUCACUCCAGCAUGCAUUCUUUUGACUCCGGUUCUCCUAGGAGUCACCUAUCGGGAUCUAGUUCUGGCCAUCAUUCGAAUGUCGCUCCCGUCAAUAACACUUCCACCUCCGCUGGGUAUGGCGGCUCAAUACAUUCGAAUUCGGCCUCACCCGUGACCCAUCGAGAGAGCCCUAAUCUCUCGUAUUCGCACCCUGCAACAUUUGGGCCAAAGCGCGCCUACCGUCAGAGGAGGAAGGACCCUUCCUGUGAUGCAUGUAGGGAACGUAAAGUAAAGUGUGAUGCUACCGAUACUACUAGCUGCUCAGAAUGUUCUUCACGGAGCGUGAAAUGCCAAUUUACAAAAGAAACAAAUAGAAGGAUGUCUUCUAUAAAGCAAGUGCAGGAUCUUGAGAAGCAAUUGGCUCAAGCGAAGGCUCAGAUUCAAUAUCUGAAGACAGCCUCAAGGAAUAACUCAGCAGAGUCCGCUUCUGAGAUAAAUCUAAAUAUUCCAGAGCUUGGGGCUGAACCGCCAAAAAGAACGCCACCACCACCAAAUCCUAACCUAGCUAGCAUCCGGUCUCACCUAAGAGACUAUUGUCGCGGUGUAUAUCGACCACCACCACCAUAUCGAAUCAAUGGACAGCAGAAGCAGUUUGACCCACCAAUGCCGGAGCUGCCCCCGAGGCCCGUGGCUGACCAUCUCUUGACUCAAUUCAACGCCACAGUUCACAAUGUGGUCCCAAUACUGCACUGGCCGACAUUUGCAUCCGCAUGCGAAGCGCUUUAUCAACAUGGGGAUUUGUCAAAAGUUUCGCCUUCUUGGUUGUCAACAUUUUUUGCUGUAUUGUCUUGUGGUCUUCUAUUUACCGCCGAUGCUAAUAUCCUGGCAAUGUACCCGGACCGUGGCAAGAGUUUCAGUAUGAUAUCUCGGCAGUUGACGGAUCUUUUCAAUGAUGAGUUUUCGAUCGAUCAUGUUCGGGCAGCCUUGCUUAUGGCUGUUUACCUCACGGAAAUCAACUGCAAGAGCGCUGCUUGGACAUGGCUUGGAUCAACCGUCCGAAUUGCGCAGGAUAUUGGGUUGCAUAGAGAAACGGGGCCGUGGCCAGUGAUAGAAGGCGAAAUGAGGCGAAGGGUCUGGUGGGGUGUUUAUGUUUGGGAUAGGCUUCUAUCUGUUGAGAUGGGGAGACCCUUGAUGAUAUUGGAUGCCGAUUGUGAUGUUGGUUUGCCAUGUCCGGUCGACGACCAUUUUAUUUAUGACGAAGGGUUUAUGGUACCAAAUGGAGCACCGGAGCCAGCCAAUUACCUCCUCACAAUCAUCCAUGUCGUCCGAUUAGUCCCAGCUUUGUUGAAAACAUUGCAAUCAUCGACAUUGUCACCACAAACCCUAGCAGCAUUCGACAAUCACUUUAACGCAUGUCUCAAUACCUUUCCAUCCCAUUGUCAGCUUCAAAGUUCGCAACCGUUGGACGCUCGGUCGCUAUCACCUAUUACGUAUUUGCAGACAGCCCGACUUGUACUUCAUCGACAUAAUCUUUCCCCGAUUCAGGCGGCAGAUGUUCGUUCCGCGGCAGUUUCAGCUUGCGUAGAUAUUGCAAAGGACACAGUCCGAUUUUUAUCACGAUCUAUGCAACCUCAUUCGCACGCAUGGUCUCACAGCCUGGCGGCUGCGGCUACGACUCACAUCUGUCUCCAUAUUUGGCGCUGUAUUCUUUUCCUGUGCUUCAGAGCUCAGUACAACGAUGCACUAGUAUGUGUCAAUGCUUGUUCGGCCAUAGGGGAUGCGCGAAUAAUCAACCAAAGAACUGGGAGGUACAUAUAUGGUUUUUUGAAGAUGCUUGCGGAGAAAAUCUAUCAGGGUGGCCGAGAGAGCGUUGAAAGAGAUGAAGGUUUAUUGGCUCUCGUCUCAGCCGAUGCCCAGGGAAGUGCGGAGUCUUCAUGGGUGUGGGCUGGCAGUGAGACUGGUUUGGCUUUGAAUUCCCCCAUGGAGAAGGAAAGGGAGCGGGAGAAUCCACGACCAUCUUCUGCCCAAAUGCAAAUAGAUGAUGAAACCGACCUUGACGACUGGGGUGGUUGGAGCCAGGUCGAGCAAAUCAUCCAACAAUUGAAGUCUGACCAGGAGGCAAGAGAACAGCACGAACAGGCGGCUCGAGACCUUCAAAGCCUCGGUUCUACGAUUGUGCACCACACGAAGACCCCAAAUUCCUCUUCCGGACCUAGCACCAGCGCUACACCGACGGGCCAGAGCAGCGCCACUUCUAGGAUGACCAUUGCGAACAUAAUCUAA